AAAAAAAUAUGCGUCUGAAGUUUUGUCUGUUUUUUUGUGAAAUAAUCUGAAACUAUAUGCUGGUUUCACCAUGUCAAAAGGAGAUGGCCACACUCAAGAGUUCUGUGGAGGCAUUUUUUCUGCUGGGUGCAAACAGGUGGUGUAAGUGUCUGGUGGGAAAUAAUAUUCUUGGGUUUGAACAUUUCCUGCCAGAGCAGUCAAAAUAUGAUGAAGAGGUUUCAGUGCAGAUAGGUGUCCAAUGGAUUACUGUUAUUAAUGAGCCUCAGACUGUAUUUAAGAGGUAUAUGGAGGCAUCACCUAGGUGUCCAUGUAUGAUUUUAUUUGUUCUGCUACAUGACCAUGUUUCUCAGAGGGAUGUAGAAACACUGUCACAUUUUCAGCAGAUGUUUGGAAAGAAAAUGAAGGAAAAUACUGUUGUAGUUUUGGUCAGUAGUGAUGAUAAGACAUCAGCAAGGCCAAACAAAGUAACAAAUGAAAACCUGGAAAGCAUUCUCUAUCAAAGUGGAUGGAAAGUGUGUGAUUUUAACAAAAAUCUAAAGCAAAGCGACUUCAUCAAAGAGCUGAUUACAUGUUGGAAGGGCGUGCAUGAGCGGCACAUAAACGAGCAUGAAAGCUCAUCCCUGUCUGCGGAGAAGGAGAUCUGGAAACCGCAGGAAGCAAAGACAAAAGAGCAUAUAUCAGAUAAAAUUCAUAAUAAUACCAGUGGGGGACACUAUCCCACAUCUGUGGAAAGGGAGACAAGGAGACCACAGAAAGCAAUGCCACAAGUGCAUGUAUCAGGAGAAAACCAAGCUGCUAUCAAGAAGAAAAACACCCUGACCAUCGUGCUUCUGGGACAGACAGGAAGUGGAAAGAGCGCUUCUGGAAACACCAUCCUAAGAAAGCGUCAUUUUGAAUCACAUGCCAGUUCUGUGCCGGUAACACAGGUGUGCCAGGCGGCAGAGGAAAUUGUUUGUGGAAUCAAAAUCUGUGUCAUUGACACCCCAGAUUUCUUUGAAGAAUAUCUACAAAAUCAGCAAAAACAGAUAAAGAAGUGCAAAGAGCUCGCUCAGCCAGGGCCUGACGUGUAUUUACUGGUCAUGGAGCUUGGCCGUUACACAGAUGGAGAGAGAGAGAUAGUUCAGAACAUACAAAGAGCAUUUGGUGCAGAAGUGGUAAAAGACACCAUUGUUCUGUUCACUAGCAAGGAGAAAUUAAGAGGGAAAACUCUAGCAGAGUAUGUUAAAAACACUGACACACAACUGCAAAAGCUGAUCAGGACCUGUGGGUCAAGAUGUCAUGCAUUUAACAACAAUGACCAUAGUGUUUCACAGGUUGAGAUGCUAUUAAAGAUGAUUUUGGAAAUGAAGAAGAAAAAUGGAAAUACCGACACAGAAAACUUCUCAUUUAGUCAGGAAUCAGAGAAAAAAGACUGCAGAAUUCAAUAG